UCCAUUAUAUAUAACAUAACCAUUUGCAAUUUUUUUUUCUCCCAAAUGCAAUGCAAAACUCUAGAUUGGAAGAUGAAAAAGAAAAGAGAGAAAAACUACAGACAGAAAUUGAUUACCCUUCCUGUAUAAGUUGUGCUAUAUGUAAUCAGGAACAUCAGACAUUAAAACUAAAUCUUCAGCAAGAACGAGAAAAGUUGUUCCUUUUAAGGGACCAACUAAGAAAUAAGAUUGACAUCCUGUCAAUUCAGCUUUCUAAAGCUGAAGAUGAGAUCUACCAGUUACGUGAUUCCCUUAGAAAGAGAACAUUAAUAUUAGAAGAAACACAGAGAGAAUUAAAGCAGACAAAGGAUAAAUUAAAGGAACUUGAACAAUAUCUACAAAAGGAAAACUCAAACAGAUCAUUUCUUAAAGAAGAGUCCAUGAAAGAACGAAUAACCCGAAUAGAGAGGGAAAUUCAGUUUCUUAAAAAAUUACUUGAAGAUGCCAAAAAAAUAGGGACCUUUGAAACAGUGAUAUCAGAUGGUAUCCAGGUGCAGUUUAGGGAUUGCUCCAUGACUGUUGAUGCUGACACUAAAAAACAAGAUCAUGUGGUAGAAGAGAAAAAUAAAGAAUUGGUUGAUGAAUGUAUCCAUAUAAGAGAGCGAAUAUGUAUAUUUAAAAAUGAAAAGGCAGAAGAAGAGGAUACAAUGAGAGAGCUUAAAGAAGACCUCACAGAUCCCCCCAAAAAAAACCCCAAGACUUCACUAAAUAUUUUGUCACCUUAUCAAAAGAUUUUGGAAUGGAAGAACAAACAACUACAGAAGGAAAUAGAUCAAGCCAAAAAAAAACUGCAGGAAUAUCAAGAACAGAACAAACAGUUACAGCAGUGUAUUAAUGAGUUAAAAGAUUAUAUAUAAAAUUAAAAGUUAAAGCAUUGUUCCAAUUUAGUACUAUAAUUAGUUGUAGAGCAAAUCAAAAUGAAAAACUACCAAAAUGUAUUCAGAAUAUAAUAUAAUGCAA